GUGGUUUUGGCUUUCUUGAGUUGUCAUUUUGCCAGGGGUAUCUCUUAUAUAAUUAACAGCAAUUUUGACAGUAUAUAGUGAGUUUGUUAUGGUUUAUUGCAUAGUGACAUUAUUUAUUGUUGAGGGAGGUUUCAAACAAAUAGAGUUGGAAAUUGGAAACCAAUAAAUUCUCCACAAGUUGAGAAAAUAUUUGAUGAAAACAUAAGUUGGAUGAGGACAAACAUUGAACACACAAAAGAUACCAAAUUAUGAUUUGUAGAUUCUCUUACCCUUAAUUCUUAAAUACUAAUUCUAUGACAGUGACAUCUAAACAGACGAAAACACAAAAGCUUAUAAAUUGUAGUAUAGCCUCUGGUGAAGGAGAAUCCCAAAGUCAAGGUAAGGAUAUGGCUUUAAUCAACAAGAUCCUCAACAUCCUUCUUCCUAUUGUCACGGUUUCGUUUCUUUUAGUGUUCAUGCCAUUUUCAAUAUUCUUCAAGCUCCUCGGGUUCAUAAGGAGAUGCAAAGAGUCUGAGAAAGUCGACGGAAAAGUGGUCAUCAUCACCGGAUCUUCCUCUGGAAUUGGUGAGCACCUCGCGUAUGAGUAUGCUCGUAGAGGAGCAUACUUGACUCUAGUAGCUCGGAGAGAGGAUCGUCUCCAGGUGGUUGCUGACAGGUGCAGGAAGCUUGGUUCACCAGACGUUACAGUCUCAGUCAUAGAAGACUGUAAACGUUUUGUUCAAGAAACCAUCUCUCGGUUUGGAAGAUUGGAUCGCCUGGUGAACAAUGCUGGAAUUGCAGAGGCCAAAUUUUUCGAUGACUAUUCAGAAAUUUCGGAUGUUCUUCCCAUUGUGAAUACUAACUUUUGGGGACCGGUUUACGCAACACAUUUCGCUAUACCACAUAUCAAGAAAACAAAAGGAAAGAUCAUAGCGGUUGCAUCGCCCGCGGGAUGGUCUGGAGUGCCAAGGAUGAGCAUAUAUGCUGCAAGCAAAGCAGCUAUGAUUAACUUCUACGAGACUCUUAGGAUCGAGCUUCAUCCAGAAGUUGGUGUGACAAUCGUGUUUCCGGGUCUAAUCGAAAACGGAAAUACCAAUUCGGACCUUUUGGCUGAGAAACAAGAGUGGUCACAAGUUGUGGCCAUCGAGUCAGCAGCGGUAUGCGCCAAAGCGGUUGUUAACGGAAUAUGUAGGGGAAAAACCUUUGUGGCAGAGCCGUCUUGGGUUCGUGUCCUGUUCUGGCUUAGUGCUAUCUGCCCUGAGCUUCUGAUCUCUAAGCCUAAAAGGAAUUAACCAGUUGUUUUGUUUAAUAAUUGCAUAAUAGUGAUAAAAUCUGAAAUACAACAUGAAUGGCAAUCUAGUUUUUCUAGUUCGGUUCAGCUUCUUUUUGUGUUUUAGGAAAUGUAUAAACAACCUUUGUUUUUUUU